GUCCUCUUCGACGUCAGGGUCCAGAUUCUGUGGCGCAAUCAAGCACACGCCCAGCCCGUCGGCGCGUUUUUGCGCGCCCCGAGUCAAAAAGCACCGAUAUCGACGAUGCAGGUUCAAGAUAAAAAAAACGGGUAGGAUCCGUCGUGGAGGGGCCCAAGGCCAUAGGCACUAAACCCAGCUGACGACAAUGCUCUCGGGAGUGGCUCUCAUCACAGUGGCGGGCUCUGGCUUUGGCCAGAGUGCCGCAUACUCGCUCGCAGAGCACGGCGUGCGGCAGUUUGCGCUGUUCGACACGGACGAGGCCGGGCUGCGCGAGACGACGCAGACGCUGGCGGCCAGGUACAGCGUGACGGACGUGCUGAGCGUGUCGAGCGAAUGCAGCAGCGAGGAGACGGCCGAGGCUGGUGUUGGGCAAGCCGUGGCGCGCUACGGCCGUCUUGACUUCGCCAUCAACAAUGCAGGAUUUGGUGGGCCAGUGGGGGGCAGUCCCGACGCGGCACCCGCUGCCUUUGAAGCCCACCUCCACGAGAACGUGACGGGUGUGUGGUUGUGGCAUCGGGCCGAAUUACGACAGAUGCUGCGGCAGCAGCCGCGCCCUGGCCGCUAUGGCCGUGGCAGCAUCGUUCACGUCUGCUCGGUGCAUGCCUUUGCAGCCUCACCACAACAGCUGCCCGCCGCCGCCUAUGUCGCCGGUCGCCAUGCCAUCCUCGGCCUCACGCGCUCCGAGGGCGUGCUGUAUGCGCCGCAGCAGAUCCGCAUCAACGCCCUCUGCCCCGGCUACAUUGCCUCGCCGCUGAUCGAGUCGUCGGACCACCUCAAGACGCUCGUCGCCAACCUUGUCCGCGAGCGCGUGCCGGCCAAUCGCCUGGGCCAGCCCGAAGAGGUGGCCGAUGCCGUUGUGUUCCUGGCUUCGCCCAUGAGCAGCUACAUGUUUGGCCAGUCGCUGGUCAUCGAUGGGGGCUAUCUUGCACAGUGAGCUUGUGACAUUCAACUAUUUGAUUUUGGAUAAAGUAUGUAUUUGCGUCUAU